CGCUUUUCCAGUCACUGUUAAGACUGCGCUGCAGCCACGUCCAAGUCCUUAAGAAGCCUCAACUCAGACCAAAACGCUCCCUCCCCACGUCUAGUUUGCCAAUCCAACAUGGAUCAAGAUCAAUACCGACCGUCCAAGCGACGUCGAACCUCGAGUGCCGGGUCGAUGGCCUCGACAAGAUCCUCCUAUGACCCUGAAGUUCGUCCAAAUCCAGAAUCCACCGCUUCAAGACAAGAUGAUAGAAGGGGUGGGACACACAACCGCUCGCAGUAUCGAGGCGAAGAUAACGAAGAUAAAGAUAGAGAUAGUUCUCCUCGUCGCAAGGUCUCCAGAGGUCGAAAUACAACUCGCUCCCGGUCCCCUCGACGGCGCUUCAGCAGAAGUAGGACAAGCAGUUCCAGGUACGAUUCUGCUCCCGAACACCAACGUGGUCGAUCUCACUCCCACUCCCACUCCCGUUCACGGGCGCGGCGGCGCACCAGGUCACGAUCACGGUCCGACUCAAGAUCAUACUCUCCCUCAUACAAUGGCUCCCGUUCUCGGUCUUGGUCGCGCGAGGGUCGACGGCGCUCCAGGUCUGCCACUGCGUCCAAGAAGCCAAAGACCAAGCCAUUGAACUUCGUCCCACUGAUCACAAUCCCACGCGCACACGCCCGAGGGAUCACAUCAAUCAAGUUCUCACCGGACAUGACACUUCUUGCGACAGCAUCCGCAGACAACACCAUAAACAUCUACUCGGUACCGGCCGACCCUAAACCCGAUACACCAUUUAAACUAUUGCGCACGCUCCGCGCCCACCUUGCCGGCGUCAAUGCAAUAGCCUGGUCCCCCGUCGGGCCACCCUACACACUUGCAUCGGCCAGCGACGACAAAUCGAUUCUCCUGUGGUCACCAUUAUCUUCCGACUUUCCCAUCUCUCCAUCCCCACUAAUCGGACACCACAACUACGUCUACUCACUGGCAUUCAGCCCGAAAGGCAACAUGCUGGUCUCGGGGUCUUACGACGAAGCCGUCUUUCUCUGGGACGUGCGUCCUGGCCGGGUGAUGCGCAGUCUGCCAGCCCACUCUGACCCAGUGAGCGGGGUUGACUUUCUACGCGAUGGGACCAUGGUCUGCUCAUGCGCGGGUGACGGACUGAUUCGGAUCUGGGAUUCCUCUUCAGGCCAGUGUCUCAAGACAUUGGUGGAUGAGGCUCGUCGGCCCGUUACUGGAGUCCGCUUCACCCCCAAUGGCAAGUAUAUCCUCGCUUGGACACUCGACAACUCUAUUCGUCUAUGGCGGUACUCGGAGGGUACUUGCGUCAAGACGUACCAGGGCCACGUGAACCAGGAGUACAGUCUGGGAGGAACCGUCGGCAGCUAUUACUCUUCAGAAUGCCAAGGAAGUGGGACGAUGGAGGCGUUUCUUGCCAGUGGCAGUGAAGACGGCGAUGUGCUUGUAUGGGAUAUCUCGAGCAAGGAUGUCCUCUGGCGUGGUAAGGGCCAUAGAGACGUUGUGUUAUCUGUCGAUUUUGGAAGGACGAAAGCAGGCAAAGGUCUUUUAGUCAGUGGAGGCAAGGACCGCGAUCUCAGAGUUUGGAUCCUCGAAGGCGAACCCAAGCCGGACCAAAAGAGCUAUCACCACCAACAACGGGGCUCCGAUGAGAUGGAUCCCAAUAUGGGCAUGGAGUUGGAUGGCGAUGUCAAUAUGAAUGGGGAACCUGAAGCGGACCUCAACCAUGACGGUGACGAAGGCAGGCGGCAAACAUUGGCCGAGAAUGGUUCUGCGAUGGACCUCGACGUCAGCACGCCUACAUCUUGAGACUACUUCCUAGAUGCUAGUACCGGAGGCCAGAAGCUAUGGGUCUCCGGUGAGACGAAGUUGGCAGACAGUGGUUGCCUACCGUUGUUGGACCUUUAUAUUCUUCUUGCGUACUGGACUAACUUUGGCAUAAAAACCUUUACUCGUACGAACAGUAUCGAAGCUCGAGGCUGAACUCGAUAUGAUGACUAUGCUUACGAACAAACACAAGAAACCAAUAAUGUACUGUACUAUAGGCACAGACAAUGUGCAUGAGUAGGUUGGGAAUAAGUAGUAUCUGAAACGACACAGGACAGGAUUUCCGCUA